AAGAAUACUGGCGGUGGACGGUUGGAGAUCGCCUGGUUCAACAGUUUCUCCACAGUGACAGAGUGCGAGAGCGAGGAUAAAUUCGUAGAAAUGGCUUUGGUACGAACAGUUUUCCUGCAACGCCCGCUUGGUUCAACCCCGUCAUUCCAAACACCAUCGUACCGUUUGAGCGAUUCCUCCUCCCUGAAAUUCGUCUCAUGUUGCUCGGUGGCAUCGCCAGCUACUGUGGUUAACGGGAAUGUGGGUAAGAAGCACGAGAGGAAUGAAGUUCGACUCGGGCUGCCCAGUAAAGGCAGAAUGGCAGUGGACACUCUUGAUCUUCUCAAGGCAUUUCUCCUAUAUCUUUGUAAUUCCAAUCCAUCAAUUGUCGACUGUAUUUUUCUUUUAUCGUGUGUGUCCAGUUUCUGGGUUAACUCGGUCAAAUUCUGUGUGCAGGAUUGUCAAUUAUCGGUGAAACAAGUGAAUCUGCGGCAGUAUGUUGCGGAAAUUCCACAGCUUGCAAAUUUAGAAGUUUGGUUUCAACGGCCAAAAGACAUCGUGAGGAAACUGGUAUCCGGAGAUUUGGACCUUGGAAUUGUUGGAUUGGACACUGUAAACGAAUAUGGGCAGGGUGAUGAAGAUCUCAUUCUUGUUCAUGAAGCUCUUGACUAUGGGGACUGUCGUUUAUCACUGGCAAUCCCCAAGUAUGGCAUAUUUGAGAACAUAAAUUCUUUGAAAGAGCUGGCUCAGAUGCCACAGUGGACAUCUGAGAAACCUCUAAGAGUUGCCACCGGAUUUACAUAUUUGGGUACUAAGUUUAUGAAGGAAAAUGGAUUGGAACAUGUCACCUUUUCGACUGCUGAUGGAGCUCUGGAAGCUGCUCCUGCUAUGGGGAUAGCUGAUGCUAUUGUGGACCUUGUGAGUAGUGGAACAACAUUGAGAGAAAAUAACUUGAAAGAAAUUGAAGGCGGAGUUAUCUUGGAAAGUCAGGCUGUUCUUGUUGCUAGCAGAAGGUCACUGAUCCACAGAAAAGGCGUCCUUGAUAUCACCCAUGAAAUGCUUGAAAGGUUUGAGGCGCAUUUGAGGGCUGCUGGUCAGUUCACGGUAACGGCUAACAUGAGGGGAAGUAGUGCAGAUGUAGUGGCUGAGCGUGUGCUUAGCCAACCGUCUCUAUCUGGUUUGCAGGGGCCCACUGUAAGCCCAGUUUUCUGUAAGCGUGACGGGGGAGUAGCUGCAGACUACUAUGCUAUAGUUAUUUGUGUACCGAAGAAAGCUCUUUACAAGUCUGUUCAGCAGCUUAGGGCGAUUGGAGGUAGUGGGGUUCUGGUUUCCCCUUUGACCUACAUUUUUGACGAGGAGACGCCUAGAUGGCGCAAACUUCUCUCGAACUUGGGGCUUUGAUUAUUUAUUCAAAUGUGACUUUCGUUUUCACAGUUUUUGAAAACAAGUCAGAGGAACUAAAUGUGGUAUUUGAUUAAGAGGAGACUAUGACUACAUGUGUACUUACAGGUGUGGCAGUCCUAAAGGGGAUCAUUGUAGACCUUAGAUGCUAUUAUUGUUUCUUUAUAUUGUACGACUAUAGAUUUUUGUUGUGGUAGUGCAUUUUUGUGAACCUUGAACGAUAUGACCUUUCACAUAUGGAUAAGUGUAGUCCUCACCUAUACCCACUUGAUAAGUUAUCAAAGAUUUGUAGGAUAUGAUCCCGAGUGUCAACUUUAUCCUACUGCACCACCUGCAGUUAAGGAAUUGAUGGGUGUUAAGGAAUUGAUGGGUGUUAGUUUGAAUGUAAAACACCGGUGAGAAUAGUGGUCAGUGAAAGAAAUAAGAUUAAAU